UUUGAAUGUCAAAUUGCAUUUGGAUGUACCUCCUCUACCAUGUUUACAUCGCACCACUGUACCAAAAGAUUCAUGAGAAUGAUGCACAGCACAACCACCACAUAACAUCAAGAGCAUGUACAAUGGCUUAGAUUCGGGAACAACAAUUAGCAUAUACUACUCUAUCUACAACUCCCACCUAAGACAACUCUUUUGAUGCUAUUUAAAAGAGGAUUAAGUAUCACAAAAUCCAAUUCCAAAUGAUAUCCUCAUAAAACUCCAAAGUACUUUAGUUUAUCUUAUUGUACCUUAAAAAAACACCAUUCAACACUCAAACCCAAACACACUCAUGAGUUGCGUAUAUAAGGCAUAACCAGAAGAAGAAGAUUGAGAAACUGUGUUCGAACUGAAUCGCCAUGGAAGAACCAUCAAGAGAAGAAGCUGACACCACCACCAUCAACAACAACACCCAGAUGAUCCCUCAAGUUCUGCAAGUCCUCCAAGCUCUCAAACAAGCUUCACACGACAUCCAACACUCUUCUUCUUCUUCCUCCGACGACCAUUCACCUGCCAUCAACGCUCUCCUCCAACUCCACACCACUCUCUCCACCGACUCCCCACUCUCCCACCACCUCCACCGCCUCAAGACCCUCCUCGACUCCCUCCACAACGCCAAAGGCAUCCGCUCCUUCCUCACGCGCCCCCUCUCCGCCCACUCCAUCUCCCGCGUCGCCGCCUCCAUCGAAGCCGAGCUUCAAGCCUGGAUCGACCGUGAAACCACUCAAACGCUCUCCCGCUCCCUCACCAACAACCACGACCUCCUCCUCCUCCUCCCGCUCCUCACCCAGCUCAUCGACCGAGUCAACCAAGGCUUCGACCGCGAGUUUCAGAACCUCGUCCUCACCAUGAAACUCUUCUCCUCCCUCGAGUCGCUCCUCUUCGAUGAAAAGUGCCAGCAACCGGUCCGUGAGCACGCCGGAAUGGCCAUCGCCGCGUUGAUCCGGUUCAACAAGGACGUGUUCGUCGGUCAGGUGCUGAUGGGUCCGACCGUUCGAGCCUUGGUUUCCAUGGCCUCCGUGGAUUCCCUCGACGUGCUGUGUUCCCUUGUGAAGUCCAUCAGGUCCCCUUUCGUCGACGAGAUUGAGUCCAACGGCGAGAUACCGAAGAUCAUCGCGCUUCUGGGUUCCGACGAUCUGCAGUUGACGGUGCUGGCGGUGGAGGUGGUGCUUGAGAUUGGGUAUUUUGGCCGGAAGGAGGCGAUUGAGGCUAUGAUGAAGGAGGGUGUGGUGGAGAAGCUUGUUGAGCUUCAGAGAUUGGAGGUGGAGGGUGGUGGUGGAGGGAUGAGGCACCCUUUUGCGAGCUGUGUGGCGAUGUUUGCUGUGCAGUUGGAUGUAGGGGAAGGGUUGAGGCAGAGGGAGAAAAGGGCUUUGAAGCCUGAGAUUUUGGAGAGAGUUAGAAAGGCUUCUCUUUCUGAUGCUGAAUCUGCUACCAUUGUUGCUGAGGUUUUGUGGGGUAGUUCACCCUAAACUUUUUCUUUACUUUACUUUAUUUUUUUUUUGGUUGUUUGUACAGAUUGCAUGUUAGGAACAGGGAAUUCAAUUUUGUUCAUUUUAGAUUGUAGAGUAGUGUAAUCAAUACUUCUUCUUCCUCCACUUUCAUUUGUUUGUAUAAUACCAUCAUGAUAAUGUUGUAAUCUGAGUGUCAAUGUGAUGAAGGUAUUGGUGAA